AUGUUAUACCUUGACGAUUCACACCUAAGAUCAUUUGAAUAUCUAUACUUCGUUUGUUAUAUAGAUGCAGAGAAGCCGUUUGAUGAGUGGAGGCAACAGAUUGAAUGCAUACGAGAAGAUAGCAGAACUAUGUUGACCAACUAUCAGCACAAAUGCGACGAGAAAAAUAUUGAUUCACUAAAGGUACAAGACGAGCGCUACACACCAGGCCCCACCAUUUGUAAAGUUGCYAAGGAGAAUGAAGUUGCUUUGAUCGUCCUYGGAUCACGUGGUCUUACUAAAAUGCGUCGUACAAUUCUCGGUAGUGUUAGCGACUACGUUGUUCAUCAUUCGCAUCUUCCUGUUUGCGUUGUCUGCGAUGAAGAAUCCAAUCCACCUAACAGGAAAGAUCCAGUACUAAGACAAAACACCGCACCGCCAAAGCUUCGGAAUUCGUGGUCGUCAAUUUCAGAUGGAAACUCACAUCAAGAAGAUUCUUCAUCAUGAAACGUAUUGGGCUACCUGUGUCAAACAGGCAAGAAAGAAUGACGARUUUCACAACAGAUGAACUUCCACCGUAAUUUUCGACUUUUCUUACUUUGCUUUUAUGUUUCAACAUUAGUGAGGACGUGCAAAACAGCUGAAGAGCAAUUUGACAGCGCUAACAAAGUGAUGAAGGAGCGAGCAAUUACUGGUGUUGUUACMGAAGGCAAUGGAAUAGAAGUAUCUGAAGAAAUGGAUUCUGGGAGUCAAGGUGUUACCUUGGGAAUAGCUUAUAAAAUAAUGAGAUUAAACGAAUGAGGGUGAAUUAAAUGAAUGAAUAGUGAAUGGAUUAGAGCGAGAUUCAGAUACGUCAUGAAAUAAGGCAUUGGCCAGUGUUUAUAUUAGGGACGGAUGGGAUUAGAAGUAAAACUGGAAAUAUAUAUACACUAGCGCCCUACUUUCGAUAAAAAAUGACACUGUACUCUCACAUAGAUCACUAUUAACCGGCUUAAAAGAUUGAUAGCUAAAUAGUGAAAUCAUGCACCAGAAAGGCAUACUUUUGUCAUUUAAGUACUGAUUAUCAAUUUACUUUUAAUAAGAAAACAGCAAUUACUUAAAGCAGAAUGUGAAAUAAUCAAAAUAAACAUAUGCUUGAUAUCAAUUAUUUCCAGGGAAUCAAAUGAAAUAAGCAUUCAAUCCCAUUUUUUCACACUCUCCGAUUUGACAAAAUUAAAGUUCGUGCAUUAGUUUGAUAAAAUUGCCUUAAAACUCAUCUAUAUACAAACUCUCGUUUUAAUAAGAACUUACUUUUAACUUUUUUAAUUGGCUCCAUAAACCCUUGCUAUUCGACAGCUUUAAGUAGAAUA